AGUUUUCUUCCUGAUAUCAUGAUCCUGUGUUACGGUGUGUAGCAGCUGGGUUCCAGAGGAAAUACUUCAACGGAACUGCAUGCUGUUUUGCAUCUAAUUUUGAUGUGAAUCGCUCGCUACUGGCUGUCACACCCACCUGCUCACGUACUGAGACUCGGGGAUCGGCACUUGGUGCUAGCGAUGAGCAUGAAAGUGUCUGUCCAUGAUGGGCUUGCUGGUCCGUGCUUACAACACUUGGUGGUUCUACUGUGCAUCUUCUCGCAGUGCACAUUGGGACAAGGUGCGGGUUCGUUCUGUUCGUUCUUUGGAAAUAAAUCACCGUCUCCGCAACCCGGAUUGCAGAACUGUACGUGGUAUAGGGACAGUUCGUGCUGUGUGAAUGAGGAGAUCAACUCACUAUUUAGUCAAGUACAAGUGCCAGCUAACUCCAAUGGACAUUGUCGCAAUUACAUCACAUACUUGAUGUGUUACGUGUGCGAUCCCAGGCAAAGUAACUUCUAUGCACAGGAACGUCUGACUGUGUGUGAAGAUUUUUGCAAUGAUCUACUGAGUGCAUGCCAAGAUGCUAGACUACAAGGAGUACGUUUGGGAACACGUUAUGGCAUUAAUGGAAGUGCUUACUGCGCUGACCGCCGAUUCCAAGUUUCCAAUGUGAAAGAAAAUUGCUUUACGCUAGAAGAGAGCAAGAGAACAUUGGUUGCCAGCAGUUCAUUGUUGAAACCAAGUAUUCUGUUAGUCCUGCUGCUACCAUUGAUUUUGGUAUUGAGUGGAUCAUUCAGUAUGACUGGUAAUGCCGGUCAGAGGAUGACAUCAUUCCUGUUGGUUGCUAUGGUAGUACUGUUGGUGAUCUGCAGUCCCAGCAGUGGUCUGGUUGAUGACCGUACAGUGAAGGCAAUGGCAAAGUCACUUGAACAGGACCUUACAGGUGUGGUCGGUGGUGCUAUGAAACCUGGCGAGCUGCAACGCCUGUAUGACACUUCACACAGCAGCACUAAACAGCUGAACGGAACCGCCAUCGUGCAGGGAAUAGCACAGCAAAUGCAGGGUCUCUUGGACGACUUGAAUUUUGCCGUGGGUCGCCUUGCACAGGUGGUAGUGACUGCACGCCGAAUACAGACUCCAACCACUACACCAACUGCGGGUACUGCGACGACGGCUAAACUGGAUGUGAACAAUUUACCAAGUUCAGUAUUUCUAGAUGCUGAUUCACGGUUUGAUACGGGCUCAAGCCAGCUCAGUCUCCAAUACAACAGCACAUAUUUGCAACACAUCAAUUUUGAUCAGAGCGUUGUCAAGAUACCCGAGUCAGUGAAUCGGGAUAGUGAUAGUGUAUACCAAGCUAUUCAAUACAGUGCAGCCAUCGAUCGGGACCUGAAAGCUCUACAACAACGCCACAAUGUCAGGUGGACAUACUUUGGAUCCGAAACUGGCAUGUUUCGCAACUACCCAGCAUCAGAGUGGGCAAGAAACUUUGCUGGAUUUCAUGUUGAUUAUGACCCACGCACACGACCAUGGUACUUGGCUGCUUCUUCUGGUCCCAAAACCAUUGGAAUAUUCCUGGACUGUAGUGCUUCAAUGGAAGAUUUUAACAGAUGGAGCAUUGCUGUGGCAACUGUGCAGCAGAUCAUCAACUCUCUGACUGAGGAUGACCAGUUCAAUAUCAUCUGUGCGAAGGGCUCUUAUUACAAUCUGAAUGCACAAUUUCAUGAAGCUGAGCCCAGGUUUCUUAGCUGCAAGUCAAAUGGAAUGUUGGCAGCUACCUCCUCUAAUCGUGCCCAGGCAUUGCAGGCACUUGCAGGGGAAAGUCCCUUUGGCGGUAGCAAAUCUCAUCUGAGUGCCCUGAACAUGUUACUGGCUCUCUUUCCAUCAUUAGCACCGACUGGUGACUGUCAGAAUAUACUGGUGUUUAUCACUGACGGCAAGGACUUGGAACCAGAUCACUACGACGAGGUGUGUUCUGAUGAUGAAGGUAACAGCGGUGGCUGUAACAUCAGCCGAUUGGAAUUUGGCCCACUGCUAGCUGCUGUAAAGAAGGCCCACGCGAGCAGCAAGACCCGCUUGAAUGUAGUGGGAAUCGAGACUGGCAACCAAGGGUCGGAAUUACCAGGAAGAAUGGCAUGUGAACACGACGGACUGUACCUGCGGCUCCCGUCAACAGACAACAUCCGCCAUCAGAUGUCACCGUAUUUCAGCUACUUAUCGCGCCUGACUUUGGCGGAUGAAAGCAAGGCCGGUCACCUGACGUCUCCCUAUGUCGACGCUACCGGUCUGGGUCGAAUUGUCACAAUAUCUCGCUCUGUCUAUAAUCCUUACGAUGUCAACGAGUUACUUGGUGUGGUUGGAGUGGAUGCGGUGCUAGAUGACUUGGAGAACUCACUGCUUGAUGAUCAGUUUGGCUUGUCAUAUGCCUUUCUAAUGGAUCUGGAUGCAAGAGUUAUCAUUCAUCCCAGACUAAAGCCAAGCUCCAGUCUGGUGGACAAUCCAGUGUACCCGCACAUAUCUGAUGUGGAGACAUACAAUGAUCUUCCACGAGAGAUGGCCCCCCUUGGUGUGGUUCUAACGUCUAUGUUGGCACAGCGUACAGGCAGCCGUGAGGUUACAGGUCCUCGCUUCCAGCGACGUGGUGCACUCGAAGACGGUGUCAUCUGGAAAGAGAACGUCAAGUUCACAUACUUCUACUCGGCAGUGCCAGCCAGUCAGUAUUCGUUUGCGUUUGUACUGACUGACAGUGAUAGUGUACAGGUACAGCUGAACAGGGACAGUUACUCUACUCAACAACAGCAGUCUGCUAGUUACUACCAUGAGAUUGGGGAAUACAACUCAACGAUAAGAAAUUUGAUCGGUUACACAACUGAAGACAAUGGCUACCGAGGCAUAGCAAUCGCAAGGGAUGCAUGUGUCUUCAAGUUGGCCUCACGGUGUUUCUGCGACCCUACUGACUACUUGCUAUCGGACCUACCCAACAUUACUACUAUACACUCCUAUUUCAACAGGGACAGCCGCAAUCUAACAUGCAACUCUGGUGGUCUGUUCGAGCCGACCGUUAGAGAAACCGUCUGGCUGACUCAAGCAAUUCAAGACGUAUGGAUGAACCGCACGUCUGCUCUCCAAUCUCAUGUUGCCUGGACUUUCUUUGGUGCUUCUAAUGGCGUGUUUCGCACCUACCCUGGAUCCCGGUCUUCCAAGAAGUUUGAUCCAACACAGAGACCAUGGUUCUAUGAGACACUAAGCAACAGGCCGUCAAUCUACACCGUAUCAUCAGUCUAUCUCGAUCCGUUGGGUGUCGGCAAAGUGUUGACCGUGUCCCGCACUAUCUUCCACAACAAACAUACUAAUAUAGCCUCAUCGUGUUCUUCCCCAACUGGCCGUUCUGCCAACUGUGCGUGUAGUAGUCAUGCUGAGUGUGCAUCGGAAUACUGCUACAACUUAGCAUGCAGCAAUCCAUCGGUUGCUGGUGUGGCUGGAGUUGACCUACGCUAUGCACAGUUUGCUACUCUGGUUGAAACAGUACUGGCAAGCACUCCGAUUGCUUUGGAUGCGGACAGGUGCUCUCAUGCAAGCACAGAGUGUCUGCUGGUGAACAGUGCUGCUGAGAUAGUGUACAGUUCAUCGUUUAGCACUGUGGCUGAUGUGAAUGUCAGCCAGUAUCGGCAUAUUCCACUCAGUUCAUACUAUGGCUCUGUCAUGCUGGAUCUGCUGGAUAAUGGCAUCUUUGAGAAGUCGCUCUAUCUAAACCACCAGGGAACAUGCCACAUAGCUGCAGAGGCAAUGGUUUCAGGUCAAUCCGGUCAGAUUCUGUCUCCAGCAGACCAGGACAACUAUUAUAGGGAUCGUGGUGCCAUACCUCACUUCCAGAACAACUAUGGGUGUUCCACAACUCAAGUUCAAUACCGGCUGUCAGAGAUGUCUGAAAUGCUUCUGACGGAAUAUAACUACCGUACGGUUGAUGGAGCAUGUGAGAGAAGUCUGUAUCGAAUUGUACCUGUCCAGGGCACAGACCUUCUACUGCUGGUUAUUGAUAUCGAACAGGACAGGCAAACCAACUUCUUCAAUUUUAAUUGUCAUAUUCUGAACAAUGUUGGCCGGCCUGGCAGUUUCAAGAUUGAAGAACCACCGUGCGGUGCUGCAGUGGAUAGUAAGCUUGCCAAGCCGACGUGUCUCACCCCGAGUGGUUUUGUACCGGUCUGUGAGUAUAGCAGUGCGCCGUAUAGCCUCGUUCCGCCGCCAUCAGUGUUAGCGUACAUCUGUGCUAUACAUGUACUUACGGCCGUGUAUCAGCACAGCGUGUGAUCAUGGGCAGAGGGCUGUCUCAUCACUGUUACCAACACUGCGGUCUGGUGCGCUGCUACCGGUGUUGCUGGUGUUACCCCUCAGCUGCAGAUGCAUCACUUGAAAUAACAGGGAUGAAUUUACUGUCAUGUUUUUGCAUAGCAGUUUUUGCUAUGCAAAAUCUCAAUUGUGGCGUAAGCUACAAAAAGCAUGGAUAGCCUGUACAUGUAUGUAUGGCAGUUUUCUGCGUGUCACUGUCAUUUUUGAGUAGCAGUAGAUCGAUUUUGCGUAGCAAACUGCGAUGCGAUACCGGAUAAAUUCAUCCCUGAAUAAUACAUACAUGUACGGUGUAGUGUCUGUAUGGUACCUUCACUUGACUUCAAGUACCAGCGAACGUAUGCCAUUGACGAUCAACGUAUUGAAUACUGAGUCCUAUAUACAUCUUUACAGAAUUUAUGGACAUCUACACUUUCUAGGUUUUUUUGAGCUUGAGAUUUUUCGAUAGGACAUCAAUAUAUUUCUGCUGAUGCUGAGCUGCUAGACAAUGCAGUGUUACUUAUUGGUCUUUGAUCAUUCGCCCAAAAGCCGGAUAACUGUUACCGCUAGUGAUUUUAGUUUUCGAAUAAUGUAAAUGUAUAGCCACAUGACGUAUGCUUGUUGCUCUUCUUCAAAGGAAGCCCUAGUUAUGUUUAGAUAGCUGCUUAGUUCAGAGAAUAGUCGGGUAGUUACGAGAUGUAGAUGGUAGACUAUAAUGGCACACCGACUGCCAGAGCGCACACUGGUGCUAGCGCUAUGGUAGAUAGCUUUCAGCUGGCUGGUUCCAGCGUUCUAACUUUCCCUCAGUGUUGUUAUUCACUUUGCCAUGCAAUACCUUCACACCAUGAACAUUGUUUUAGUUUAUCAAAGAUGGUUA